CUCAAAUUCUGCUUUCGUUUUUGAGAUUGCAUAGGAAAUGGCGUCGAACAAAGAUACAGAAUGGCAUAGGAAGAGGAGGAAGAGUAAGAGCCCACCUCCAUCAAAUCCAGCAUGGCAUAGGAAGAGGAGAAAGAGUAAGAGCCCACCUCCAAUGAUGUUGAACUUGGUGUUGUGUGGAAGUGAUGAAGCAUUAAAGACCUCCAUAUCAGAUCUGAUAUUAGAGGAUGUGAAGACUGGAGAAGUCUGUGGACAGCGUCUCAGGCUGGAGGUGAUGCCAGCUCUCUACAACACUCAUCUCUCAGAUGAGGAAGUGACACACGAGAUUCUUCGCUGUAUCUCUCUUGAUAAUCCUGUCCACGCUUUUCUUUUCAUCUUUCCUGUUGGUCCUGUCACAGAUAAUGACAAAGGAGAAAUAGAGACUAUACAGAGAACCUUUGGUACAAAGGUCUGUGAUCAUAGUUUUGCUCUUUUUACCAACAAGAACUUUAAUAAAGCUGCUGCAAUUAACUUUGUAGAGCAAAGUUCAGAAAUGGAAGAAAUUCGACACAUGUGUGGGGACAGAUAUAUGAUCUUGGAUAAAGGAAAAAAAAAUAAACACAAACAGGUGACAGAACUGUUAGAGAGAGUAAAAAAGCUGAAGAAGAUUUAUUCGCUCCAAAUGUAUAUUGAGGCACAGAAAGAUGGAGCUAAACAGCCACUAGAGGAUGAAAUGGCUAAAAUGAAGAAGCAACUUAAAGCAAAACAACAGGAAGCAUGUGCAGAGGGUGAAAACUCCAACUGUUUGAGAUUAUUACUGAUUGGGAAAACAGGAAAUGGAAAGAGUGCAACAGGAAACACUAUUCUAGGAAGAGCCGAAUUUGAGAGUGAUGUCAACAUGACUUCUGUGACAAGAAUGUGUCAGAAGGGAUUGGGAGAAGUACAGGGCAGAUCAGUAGCUGUUGUGGACACUCCAGGACUCUUUGACACCACACUCUCAAAUGAAGAAGUAAAAGAAGAAAUUGUGAAAUGUGUCUCAAUGUUAGCACCAGGACCACAUGCCUUCAUCAUUGUGCUUAGUGUGGGAAGGUUUACUGAGGAAGAGAAGCAAACACUGAAUCUGAUUAGGAAGAUGUUUGGUCCUGAUGCUGUAAAGUACACUAUAGUGCUGUUUACUGGAGGAGAUAAACUGAAAAAUAAAACAUUUGAAGAUUAUCUUAAAACUGGUAAUAAUCCAUAUGUGAACAGUCUAAUCAGAGACUGUGGUGGAAGAGCUCACUUGUUUGAUAACAAUAUAAAAGAUACCGAACAAGUUAGUGAGCUUCUCCAAAAGUUUGAAGAAAUGAUAAAGUUCAACAGGGACAAUUACUUUACUAAUGAGAUGUUUGAGAAGGCAGAGAUGUCGAUACAACAGAAACAGGAGGAGAUGCUAAAAGAGAUAGAGGAGCAGAUGCAAGCUGAGAGAGAGACUCUACAGGCCAGAUAUGAAGAAGAACUGAAACAGAUGUGGAAUAAUAUGGAGAAAGAGAAAGAGAGAUCGGAAAAGGAAAGAUGUAAAAGGGAAAAAAUAUUUAAGGAGAGGGAAGAAGAAAUGAGGCGAGAAUAUAAGAAGAAAGAAGAAGAAGAGAAACAGAAAUGGUUGAAAGAGAACCAAAGACGAGAAGAAGAGGAAAAACGACAGACUGCAGAAAAGAACCGAAUGAUGGAUGAGAUGAGGAAAGAACUAGAAAAUCAAAAAGCUACAUUUUUACAACAGCAAACUGAAAGAGAGGAGGAGGACAGAAAAAGGGCAGAUAGAGAGAGAAAGAAUAAAGAACGCUUUGAACAAAAACAAAAGAAAUCAAUUACACAAAUAAAACUCAAACAGGAAGAAGAAAUCCAAAAGAGAGUUGAGGAAGAACAAAAGAGAAGAAAAGAACAGGAAGAAGAGAGAGAAAACUGGAAGAGAAAAAUGAAGGAGGCAGAAAAGGAUAAAAAAGAAAUCAAGGAGGAAAUUGAAAGGAAACUGAGAGAACAGGAGAUGAGAUGGAAAGAGCAGAUGGAAGAAAGAGAUAAAGAAGACAAGAGAACAAAAGAGAGACAUGCUGAAGAACUGAGAGCACAAGAGGAAAAUCAGAAGCAAAUGAGAAAAAGAUUUGAAAAGGAAAGAGAACAAGAGAGAAAUGAGUGGCAGAAGACAGAAAGGAGGAAACGAGAGCAAAUAGAGAGAGAGUAUCAGGAAAGUAAAGAGAAAAUAAUGCAGGAGUAUGAGGAACGGGAAAAAAUAAGGAAAGAAGAAUGGAAUAAAAGAAUCCAAGAAGACAAUAAAAGAAGAGAAGAGGAGCAAAAGAGUCUAGAGAGACUGAAAGAAAAGAUGGAAGCAGAAAGACAAGAGGAAAUGAAAAGGAGAGAGAAAGAAGAUAAAGACAGAAAAGAAAAAGCAGACAGAGCCUAUGAGGAAAUGAAAAAUGAUUAUGAGAAGAAAAUGAAAAAAAUGGAGACCAAACAUCAGGAUGCGGCUAGAAAAAAAGCAGAGGAGAUGAAUGACCUGGAGGCAAAACAUAAAGAUCACAUACAAGACUUGAUUAACAAACAUCAGCAUGAUUAUGAACUUCUCAGUGAUCUGUAUGAAAGUACAAAAAAGAAAGGAAGACAGCAAAGCAAAAAAAAGGAAGAUAAAAAAGGAGAGAUGUGCAUUAUUUCCUAAGAGCUUGGUCAUUUCUGCCAUUGACACCUUCACAUGAUAUAAAAAAAAACAUUUAAAGAUAAAACAACAGAAUUAAUAAAGAGCUCCCAGGCUGAUGAUCAUGUCAACUUAUUGCAGAUGAUCGUACGUAUGAUGUCUGUUCACAGGAGAGGAUUGUUUUUCAAACCAAUAGUUUCAGUGAGAUUCAGUGUUGUCAUGUUUAAUGUGCUUGUGUGCUUCAUUUGACAACUUACAUUGUACAUAAUUGUGUUUAGUGUGUAAUUUUAAACAUCAUUGUACCAGCAGCAUGUAAUGCAUAAAUGUCUUAAACAGCAGCAUGUGUGGAGGGUGUGGAAAAAUAGAUGUGGGACUGUUUACAGUCUGUACAGCUUUA